CGAUGGCUUCGCCUAUAGAAGACGAUGUCUUCGAAAAGCUGAAGAAUACGACGGAUCCCGCCGAGCACAAGCGGAACCAGGACGAGCUCAAUGCGCGGUUAUUCGCACAGCACCAGAAGGCGCAGGAGCGGCUGGUGGAGCUGAUUGACGACAACACCACCCUCCCGGUGACGAUCUCGUCGGUCCGCAUCCUCAACGCCAAACGCACGAGACGAGGUUUCCUCGAGCGGAUAGUAAACCCCUUGCUGAGCGCAAACCGCGAUGAGCCGUAUACACUCGAGGAAGCGCUGAGGGAGGUGGGAAAUGCAACGGAGAAGCUCAAUCGCUUUGGCAUCUUCAAACAACCGAUAUCCGUCUUUCUCGACCGGCCUGACCCCACGAUACCUACCUCCUCUCCCACUGACGUCGACGUCUACAUAUCAGCCUUCGAGCGCGGCUCGUAUACGAUCAAGACUGGUACCGAGGCCGGCGCUUCGGAAGCAGAUGCAUACAUCCACGCUGAGCUGCGCAACCUCUUCGGAGGCGCGGAGACGCUGAACGCACAUGGCUCGCUGGGAACUCGAACGCGGUCCGCAUAUUCACUUGCUUUCGAUACCCCGAUACUGAGCAAUCCGGAGUUCAAGUUCCAGGUCAAUGGCUUCGCGAGUUCUACGCUGAAGAGCUGGGCUAGCCACGAGGAGGUGCUGCGAGGCGGGACUUCGAAGCUUCUGUGGAGGUCAAAGAACGGGCACCAACACGAAUUUGGCUACUCUGGCAUCUGGCGGCAGGUCACCGGUCUUGCGGAGAACGCGUCUCCUACUGUACGCGCUGAUGCCGGCGACUCCUUCAAAUCGAGCAUCACUCAUACCUGGACACACGAUAAGCGCGACUAUCCUAUGCUCCCCAACCGAGGCUAUCUCAUGAAGACUGUUUCUGAACUCGCCGGAUUUGGACCGCUCAAAGGCGACGUCGCAUUCUUCAAAUCGGAGGCUGAGUCGCAAGUCGCACUACCGUUCGGCGACACUGGCAUUACCCUGACGGCCGGUCUGCGGGGAGGUCUACUAUAUCCCCUUCCGCUGUCUGGCAGCAACACACCCCAACAGUCCCGCAUCAAUGACCGAUUUCAGCUCGGCGGCCCCACUAACGUGCGCGGCUUCCGCCUCUCCGGCCUCGGCCCACAUGACGGCCCUGAUGCAGUUGGUGGCGACGUCUACGCUGCUGGCGGCGCCUCCCUCCUCUUCCCCGUCCCCAAAGUCGGCAAAGAUACACCACUCCGAUUACAAACCUUCAUCAACGGCGGGCGACUGCUCUCCCUCAAGAACCCGAACAAGGAGGGUGGUCCGAUGGAUAGCUCGGCCGUGCAAAGCAGCAUGCAGAAAACGAUUUCCAGCUUGAGAGAUGGGCUGCCGAGCGCCGCGGCGGGCUUUGGUCUUGUAUAUGCUCAUCCGAUUGCAAGGUUUGAGAUCAACUUUAGCUUGCCGCUGGUGAUUCGGGCAAGGGAGGAGGCGAGGAAGGGGCUGAGCUUUGGAGUGGGUAUAGAGUUCUUGUAGGAUUCAUAGGUAGUGUAGAUAUUGUAUCAAUAAGAGAUGAAAUACCAAGU